AUGAAUGAGGAAAAAAAGAACGAAAUUAUUGAGAUGGAAGCGAGAAUGUAUGCACCUUUAGAGUGGGAUUCACCGGAGAUAUGCAAAAUACAGGAUCUCAAGGAAGCGCAGUACGAGGAAGCUCUACGUCUGAUAAAACAUCAUUUUUUCCGGGAAGAGCCGAUGUGCAAAGCAAUCUCUUUGCUGCAAGAUCAGGCAUCCGUCAAAGCGUACCUAGACCUUUUGAGGACAUGGAUGAAGGACACUCUCAGUUUGGUCGCGCUCAGUCGGGCAUCGGGGCGAGUCGUUGGAGUAACUGUUGUGCGAAUCAACAGCUAUUCGGAUAAAAGUGACACGUAUAAUCGAGUCCAAGUACGUCGAGCAAAUUACGGGUAUGCAAGGAAAUGUGUUCGAUUUGUUCAGGAUUUCGAUGGGGACGCUCUGGAGAAGAUCAUGGGCCUGAUCAACGCUGUGAUCAAACAAGCGAAUGCGCACGAGGAGCUCGGCUGCGACGCGUACCUUCACCUUCGCGUUUUCUGUGUUCAUCCGUCUUACCAAGGAAAAGGCGUCGGAGCAGCCCUGCUGAAGGCCUGCGUCAAAGUCGCGUCCACCCUGGACGUGCCGGCCAUCGGCGGCGUCUUCACGUCAGGGCUGAGCCAGUCGUUGACCCUGAAACUCGGCUUUCGUCUCAUCGCGGAGAUCCGUUACGAUCGCUGGAUCGUCCACGACAGAGUCGUGUUCGACGAUACCGGCAAGGGGAACUAUUCGGCCGCUUUCAUGGGAAUGCGGAUACCUCGCGGGGAGUCGCGCGGCGAGUUUGAAAACAGCCGCGAGAAGUAAGUACCGUGCGUCGAUAACACCGAGUACCUGCGGCGUGAAUUGCGGACUACAGUUAUCCAACGGUCAUCGCGCGAGAAAGACGCGGAAGUUCCUUGCGCAGAUAAAAUGGAAAGCUACGCCAAUUUGGAAUAUACAUUGUUGUCCCAAUUUAAUAGAAAGGGCUUUAUAUUUCCAAGGAUUCACGGUAUAAUUAAUACUGAUCAGAGCCCGUUGCAUCCACGUCGCGACAAGCUUUGCUCGAUAAGCUGCAAGUAUCCGAAAAUGGAGAAAGAGAGAGAGGCAAUAUUUUUCCUCCGAUUGCCGAUGACCAAACUUUUACUGUACCGAAUGGUAAUACAUACUCAAUAAAACAAUAAACAGUAAUCUAAUUUCCCAGAUCAGAGAAGAAAGAUGCAUCGCCGAAAGGGUUGCGUCGACAUUUCGCGAUCGACGAUUAAAAUGUGGAGCUUCCGCGACGCGGCGGCAGAGGCCGCUGGCGCGGCGCGGAGCGACGGCGAGGUCCCCGUUCGAACUUGGCGGAUGUGCGCGCGCGCCCGAUGACGACAUGCGCGAGCCGCGCGAGGAAAGGCUGCCGCGACGGCGGCGGCGGGCGCCGGCAGUCAGUGCAUGACGGCCCGAGGUUUGUAUCGAUAUCGUAUCUCUCCGCGCACGGUCCGCUCGGCCUCGCGAGAGGGAAAGGGAGAAAGAGAGACGGAGACGGUUCCCGGGGACCCCGUGCGACACCGCGACGUUACUACGACGCGUCCGUCGUCGCGCGUCGUUUCCGCGUGUCCCGAAAUUUCGCCUACGAAAUUCGCGCCGUUCCGCACAGGACGCGUAGUGCGUGACGAAGGUGUGCGACGGUAUCGUCGAGUUUACGACGCCAGACGGAUUCGGCGGAGCUACAGCAGCGUGUGAGGA